UAUUUUUUUUUUCGGUGGAGAGAGAUCCAAAUCUUGGAGGGAUCACAAACUUCCCAAAAUUUGAAGUCGGUGCGGACUUGCAACCUUCGGAAACCUGAGACUUCAAAGUUACUUUCUAAUCCCAUUGGAAUCAGGAGUCCAAGUUCGAAGGGAAUUCACAACAGUAGCUUUAUAAACUCCUCCGUGUUGAGAUUUUUCUGCCGUACGUACGUCGUUGUCUCGGAGUAACUUUCAAUCUUCUCUCAGCGACGAAGACGACCAUGGCGACUCCCCGCCUCCCUCACGAGCUCUUCUCUGCACAGCAGAAGGAUGCCGCUGCGUCCGACUCUCCGACUCCUCCGGUUCGGGCUUCCUCUCCUAUUGAAUUCCCCCGCCUCCCUCAUGAACUCUUCAAGAAGGAGAAGAAAAACAACGUAGAGCUGAUCCGAGGCCCCUGCCAUCUCUUUCUCGGCUCAGUCCCAUCACCUCCAUCUUCUUCCGAUGGCGGCGACGGUGAUGAGUUCACAAGCAGCGGUACCGUCAACGUCGAGCUGCAGUUCAACGACUGGACCAAAGUAACCGUCCCAGAAACUGGCUCUCGUGGCUACGCCUUCCCCUGUCCCCUGGCCAAGGAACCCUUCAUCCGCUGUGUUAGCUUCAGAGCAUUAGAGUCCUCGCCUCUCCCCGACUGCCAAGAUAUUCCAGAAUUCCCCAUGGAGCAUCGUCACCGUGAGUUCUUGAAGACGGAGAUCCGCGAGUUUGUCCAUCAAGCGGUACAAGAGGCUGUUGGCGCCAAAUCUGACGUGAAUGUUUAUGUCAAUGUCUACAUGGAGAGGCGGGUGGGGUACGAGGAGGCUGCAAAACUGGCCAGGGAGAUGGAGGCUGCAACGGAGGGGAGAUGGAGGGACGAGAGGGAGGACGGCUGCGAGAAGAGAGAGUGCGCCGUGUGCUGUAACGAGAUAGAGAGCAGGUGGUCCGAAGAGGGCGAGCUCUUCUGUGGCCAUGUUUUCCACUGGGGAUGCAUCGCACCGUGGAUGAGUAGGAAAAAUACAUGCCCCUUGUGCCGGUGCGUGCAGACUAACUAGUGUAAACCAGAAGACUGUGUGAAUAAAAACAGUCUUGCUAGCUACUUGCCUUUGUUUUGAGUAAAGUUUUC